UUCCCACUUUCGGCGAACCCCAGUGCCGACCGGCCCUCCGAGCCGCCAUGGAUCUCGCCGCCAUCUACGAGAGCCUCCUGUCCCUGAGCCCCGCUUUGCCAUCCGACCACGGGGACGCGGAGCCCACGACGGCGGCGGCGGCCUUGGCGGCGCCCUGGGCCACCUCGGGGGGUCCCUGGAGCUCGGGCGACUCCUGCUCGUCGUCGUCCUCGUCGUCGUUGGGCGGCGGCCCCCGCCUGCCCGGCCGCUCCACCAGCCUGGUCGAGGGCCGGAGCUGCGCCUGGGUGCCCCCGCCGCCGGGGUUCGCCCCCUUAGCGCCCCGCCCGGGCCCUGAGCUGUCGCCCUCGCCCACCUCGACGACGCCCACCGUCGCCGGCAGCACCGCGUCGUCCCGCUACAAGACCGAGCUGUGCCGGACUUUCUCGGAGAGCGGCCGCUGCCGCUACGGGGCCAAGUGCCAGUUCGCCCACGGCCUGGGGGAGCUGCGCCAGGCCAACCGGCACCCCAAGUACAAGACGGAGCUCUGCCACAAGUUCUACCUCCAGGGCCGCUGCCCCUACGGCUCGCGCUGCCACUUCAUCCACAACCUCAGCGAGGACCAGGCGGCCCGCGGCCACCCCCAUGUGCUGCGGCAGAGCAUCAGCUUCUCCGGCCUGCCCGGCCCGGCCCUGUCCUUCUCGCCGUCCAGCUCGCCGCCUCCACCCCCGGGCGACCUGCCUCUGUCGCCCUCCGCCUUCUCCGCAGCCCCCGGCACCCCCGUGGCCCGCAGGGACCCCGCCGCCGUGUCGGGCUGCUGCCCCUCGUGCCGCAGGGCCACGGCGGCCAGCACCAGCAGCUGCAGCGUGUGGGGCCCCUUGGGGGACCUGCCCCGGAGCCCCUCCGCACACUCCCUGGGCUCCGAUCCCGAAGACUAUGGCAGCAGCGGCAGCAGCCUGGGGGGCUCCGACUCUCCUGUCUUCGAGACUGGGGUGUUCGGGCCCUCCCAGCCGUCCCCAGCUCGGAGGCUCCCCAUCUUCAACCGAAUCUCUGUCUCUGAGUGAGAGAGGGAGCAAAGGGGUCCGGCCCCGCUGCUGCAAACCAGUUGAAUCUCAAGGGGUGGGGGGCCACCUCUUUUUUGCACUCUGCGGGCUUCCCAUCUUGGGGCUCCUAAGCAGUCAGUCUCUUCCCCCUUCUCCGGUUAUCAGUGCAUUAAUCCCCCCUCCACCGCGCUGGGGCAGGCCCCCAG